AUGCUUUCAGAGGCUAUUCACUCGCUCGUGGACACCGGCAAUCAGGCUAUCCUUAUCUUGGGUCUGAAGCAAGCGUCAGGUGUACUGGACAAGAAACAUCAGUACGGAUACGGACGCGCUGCUUACUUUUGGUCGCUCAUCUCUGCAUUGGGCAUUUUCUGGUUAGGCUCCGGUGUGGCUGUUGUUCACGGGAUCCAGUCGAUCCUAGAGCCUCCAAGAGAGCUCACACUGGCAUGGGAGAUCUGGUGCGUGCUUGCGGCUUUUUUCAGCAUCGACGGAUGGGUGCUUAAGCGGAUCUCUUGGCCUGUGUGGGUGUUAUUAUUUUUUGCUGGAUGCGGCAUCGGGGCCAGUCAUAUUACCGGCAACACGCUGUGGGAUAGCCUCGCAAGUGUUUCUAUUGGUGUGCUUCUUGGUGGUGUUGCAGUAUCACUAAUCUGUCUGAACCAAAAGUAUCUAUUGGGUCAGUCAGUGGAGCCAGAAAUUGAGAAUGGUAUCCGUGAGUUGUUGCUGGCACGUCCGUCCAUUGACAACGUGUAUGCUGUCCAGUCACAGUGGGUUGGACCAUCGACAUUUAGCUUCAAGGCUGAAGUGGACUUUGAUAGAACGUACUUGGCAGCGAGACUAUUCCAAAUGUACAAGCCGGUAUUUUUGGAAACAAAGGAUUUGGAAAAUGAUCUAUCACUCAUUCUAUCCUGGUACGCAGAGGAUGUGACCCGUCUUGUAGAGAAAGAGGUGCAAGAGGUCGAAGAGGUGAUUCGUAGCAUUUACCCUGAGGCCGCCUUCAUCGAGCUGGAACCUGAUAGUAAGGAGUCAGAGAUGCAAGCCGUGUUAAGUAUGCAGACGAAGUCCUCCCGUACUAGUGAGCGAGAAGUUAUGACACGAGCACUAGCCCUCCUUGCUCGGACAUUAGAGCGCAAGACAACAGACGGUGAUCGUCCUGCUACUACUACCAGCGCACAAAGUUAA